AGGCCUAUAGUGAAGAUGACCAAGAGGGUGUCGUGGGCCGACCGCAUCAUGGCGCCGCCCCCGCUGAGGCAGUUCGCCUCCACCUCGGCGAUGUCCUCGCGUCACGUGACCGAGGACACGCCCCCUGACCUGCUCGAGGGCACCAUGGACCUCACCGUCAUCCUGCCCGCCGGCCACAGGGUCAACAUGUCCGUGCAUAGGAGCACGCCCAUGAUGGACCUUCUGAUCCAGGUCACCACCGCCCACAAGGUCAACCCGGGCGGCCACAUUAUUCACGUCGUGUCAGACAACCGGCUGAUCUCCUACAAGCCUUCCACGCCCAUCGGGACGCUCGACACCAACGUCAUCCACAUCGUCCCGAAGAACAAGGUCAACGAGGAGGCGAAGAAGCGGCGCGCGCAUCUCGUCACGCAGGCCAUCGAGAAGAACAUCAGGCUCAAGCCUAAGGAAUACGUCUACAAGCAACAACUUGUGGUGAACCUUCCGAGAAAUCAGCUGGCGGUGUACCGGGUGCCUCCCAAGACGCUCAUCUCGGACGUCCUGACGAUGGUGUGCAAGGACCGGUGUCUCGACCUCGACAACCACGAGAUUCGACAUCCAGUGAACGUGGACGAGAAGCUACGCGGCAGCUGCACCCUCGCCGACUACCAGCUGCAGGAGGUGUGUGUGGUGCCGCGGGACUUCCGUGCCCCGCCGCUCUCCGUCACCGACCUCAUCACCAUGGCGGCCAUCUCGCACCCGGAGGACAAGAAGCGGCGCACGCUCCUCUCGCUCUUCUCGAGGAAAACCAAAUCCUCGACGGGUGACAGCAGCUUGUCGUCAGGCAGCGCGGGCGAGCGAAGCGUCAGCCCCGCCCGCUCUGACGAAUCAGCUGACGGGCGGCCGACCCCCCGCCCACUCUCCCCGGCCUCGUCCUCCGCCACCCUCACCUCCAGCCACCCGCCGCCACCACACCAAUGGCAAGGCGGAGAGCGAUCGGCGAGACGGCGGCGGAAGCAACCUGUCGCGGCGCAGCUCGGACUCGUCAGGAUACCAUGAGUCGGAGCACAGGUCGCCCCACACCAGCCCCGCCGGCUCGGAGAUCAGCAGCCUGGACACGAGCCGCGGGCCUGGCGCCGCCGCGACCAACCUCACGUCGGUGGCGUCGACGUCCAGCCUGUCCCUGGCCUCCUCCCGGGGCAAGAGGCGCGCCCCGCCGCCCCCGAAGCCCGCCCCCGCUAAGCACGACGACGCGGCGCGCCCCUCGGCCAUCCCGGAGGAAGCGGAAACCCCGCUGCCGACCAAGGCUUCCGAGGAAGCCGCGAAACCUCGACUGAACGGGGAAGCCGAGCACUGCACUAACUCUGGCGCCUCCUUCAACGCCUCCCGUCCUCCUUCCUCCAAAGCCUCCGAUCUCGGAAUGUCACCUCCUUCCCGUAGCCAUGGAGCAAGUGGAGUCAUCUCUCCUGACAGGUUAGCGGCGCAGGAGGGCCGUCUUCAGCCCCGCCUUCAGGAUCCGCAGCGUCGCCUCUUCUCCUCCCCGCCGACGCAUCCAGAAGACAAUCGCAAAAGGCACGCCCCUGAAGACGCGGCCAUGACUGAAGACAGCCACCCUAGCAAGAGCGCCAAACAGCAAGGCCGCGACAUCUCUGGCCUUAGUGCUAAAAGUGCCAAACAGUACCCUGAGGAUGUUAUAAUGCCACGGAGCGCCAAUAUGGAGAAUGCUUCAAAUAUUCCUAUGUUUAGGAUCGUCACCAAGUCACAAACAACAGUACAACAAGAUGAUGAUGUAAAUAAGAAGUUCAUAGCCGAUGGAAAGACGCAGAAAAUAAAGGAAGACGACUGGCUUGGCUCGAAAGGAAAGGCAUCGUUGGCCGGGAAAGGCAACCCGCUAGCCCGAGGUGGACGGCUUCAUAAACAACAGAAUGUGUUUUUUGAUGAGGACGACGAUGAUAUGGAUUUCAACGAAGAUAUGUUUGCGCCAAGACAUGCGUUAGGAAACUCCACCAACCAAAGUAUGGAGUGGAGAGAUCUUAGCGACCAGUCUUUUGGAGGCGGCCCCCCGCCAGCUUCCUCGACCCCAGUGGAUAAGACGACUCCGGAGCCAGUCUCCAGAAGGAAGACCCCGCCCAUGCCGCAGAAGCCCACCCCGCCCACCAAGCCAGAGUGGUUUGACACACUCGCUUCCACAAGUAACCGGACGAUCAGCAGCGGUGUGAAUUCAUCCUUUGAAGGUGGCAUUACUGUGGAGAGUGCCGAAACGCCACCCAUGCCUGCACCCAGAAAUGUAGUCCCUCGGAAAAAGAGAGCGCCGCCUCCUCCUCCUGUGUCCAAAGUGAAGGUGCCUGAUACUGCACAACAAGAUCAGGAGGCUCCUAGCGUGCCGAAACAACAGGUGCUUAACCCUUCUACAGAACUCUCUGUGAGACCAAAGUACAGUGAAAUCCCAACCAUUUCUCGGCCACUGCAUUCAGAAGCCGAAGACUUUGACAGAAUCAUGAACGAACCGCAGAACGAAGAAUUCAAGGUCCAUGUAUCGAACCUUGCAGAUAUUGAGCCAGACCAGCUAUCUCUACUGACAGAAGUAGAUGUUGAUUCCCCGUUCUACCGUCGAUCCCCAGCAUCUAGUGUCUCCUCAAGAGAGUCUGGAAUCCCAAAGAGAAGUGUUGCGAUGGACAUGCUUUAUCCUGAAAAUGAUGCUGAUGCGAAGUCCGUAAGUAGUUCAUCGAGCGCGUCGUCCCACAGCUCCUCCCCACCGCCCCCUCCUGUCGCACCCAGCGCCGCAAUCCCCUCCCAGACAACGGCUAGUAGUUACCGUGCCGGAUAUCUCGCUUUGCUAUCACAGCUCAGAAGCUGGGACAACACAGAGUCUCUUCAGACUGCUGGCUUAGACUCCUCUGACUCUCAUAGCAGCACCCCACGCGGGUCCCUCCAAGACACCCCCGCACGAGAGGGCUCGCCUCAGAGGCCCUCUGAGGACGCCUCUCAAGGGUCACCCUCCUCCCGUGGAGGGGCGCAUCGUGGGCCUUCUACACGACCUCGACUUGUCUCCAGCUCUUCUCUGUGCUCAGAUACAGAUCAUGAGGUACAGACUCGCACUGCCAGCUUCUCCUCAGAGACGAGUGAGGAUAAUGUUGUCAGCAGUAGAGUGGAGUCAACCUGCACCCCGAGCGAAGAGUCUCUCGAGCCGAAAACAGAGGAAAAGAACCUCCAAGAUGUCGCCAAGAACCUCGUGAACGAAACAGCCCCGCCCGACAAGGGAGAGAAGAGUUCGCCUACAGAGAGUAUUAAUCGCUGUAGUAGUAUUAGCAGCGCGGACGAAGAAAGCCAGGCGCGCGUCGGCGAGAAAACCCCUGUUUCAGAAUCCGCGACUUCGGAAGCCGCCCAGCCCAAGGCGACCGAGGCGAGCGACGUCACCGAACCCAAAGACUUCACGACGAGAGACUCUGGCUCCUCACAGUCCGAACGGGACUCUGAUGGAGACAGUCGGGGAGAUCGCACGCAACAGCUCAUCAGAGAAACGCCGCAGGAUGGCAUUGCAGAAGAAACAACAAGAGAGGAAGUGAAAUUGGAGGUGCUGGAGAUGCCCAAGCAAACCGCAAAUAUCCCGAAGGAAACCAAGCAUAUUCCCAAUGGAUCGGUCGAUAGCUCCUCUGACAUCAGUAGUGACAAACACGUCACGGCCGCCACGGGGAGCAGAAAGACCUCCGUGUCGUCGAUGUCGUCCGCUUCGUCAGGAGAUUCGAGCGGACAGAUAGAGCACGAGAGGCUGAGCGCGCGGGAGGCACAGGAGAAGUCGAAUAAAACGAUCGAGAGCCACCUCGAAGCGGCCUUUGCCGACCUGGACGAGGAGAGCCACUCGAACGGCCCCGCCCCCGCGACUGGCGUCUCGGUGCCGCCCCUGGAGUGCGUCAGCCCCAAGGACCCUCAAGUGGACACGUGGGAGUACAAGAUCCCGGACCCCCCCACGCCGUUCAAGGACGCGCCGGUGUCGAAGCUCACGGACGAGUCAUCGAGCGUGUCCUCGGACGCCCCGGAGAUACUCUCCGAUGUCCCUUCGGGCUUCAAGGACUCGCCCGCCAGCUCCAUCGUCGAGGCAAGGAAUUCUGUCGAGUUCAGUAAUAUACCCAAGCUGCUGAAGGUCCCCGGGGACACGACCGACUCCGUGAGCUCCGCCUCCAGCAGGAGGAGCUCCACCUCCAGCGCCUCGACGUCUUCCAAUAAGUUCGACGAGAGGUCGAAGCAGAGUGUCAUCAACGAGCUGAAGACGACGCUCAUGGAGACGAACAACAACGAGCCCAGGAUCAUCGAGCUCAAGCCCAAGGCCAAGGCGGUGGAUGCAACCCCGCAGGCGCCGAGGGAGAUUCCAGCCGUGGCGACGAAGGCGGAGGUUCUGCCGGUGCGAGCCAACUUCCCGGUGGACCACUCGUUCGUCCCUCGAGUCGUCGCCAAGCUGCCUCCGUCCACCAGCGAGCCUCGGCUCAGCCUGGACCACGCCCUGAUCUCCAAGCCGAGGAUGGACUCGGUGUCCAGCUACGAGAGCUGCAACACGCCCGAACCCCGCGACAGGUCGGACUCGGACGCCAGCGCUCGCGACAGGACGGGCUCGAGCACCAGCUACGAGAGCGCCCCGCCCCCCGUGCCUGAGGCGCCCCUGCCCUCUGAGUCCGAGUCCGAGCGGAAGAUAUCGCGGUCGUCCUCCGACGCCAGCGACCUGGGGCGUCGCCACGACUCCGAGAGCUCCGAUGACCCCGCCCUCACCAUAGCGCCGGUCAUGAGGUUCUCCAUCUCCACGUACAGGUCGCGGGCCGAGGAGACGAGCUACGACAAGAAGAUCGCGAAGUCGGAGUCCUUCAGCCAUCUGGCGAGGCCCAAGGUGGACGGCGCGAGAGGCCAGCUGCUGAAGGCCGAGUCCAUGUCGGCGCUCACGCGGCCGGAGGAGGCGGAGCACGCCAUCAAGACCAUCCCCGAGGUCAAGGAGGAAGUAACGGCCGACAAACCCUCCGCCUCCGAGAAGCCGGCGCCGCCAGAGAAGCCGGUCAUUAUAGAGGCAACGCUGAAGCCGUCGCAGCUGUUCGCCAAGCCGGUGCCACCGAGCAAGCCGUCGUCCCUCGCGACCGGCCAGUCUCUGGGCCGCAUCAACAGCUUCAGCGACAGGCCGGGCAUCUACCGCACCAGCAGCAUCGAGGGCCGCUUCGUGACGCCCGAUCCCUUCCGCCCGCCUCGCAGGCUGCAGCGGUCAGACAGCCAGGAGCAGCUGGGCCGGGCCAACUCCAUGCACAACCUGGCCACGCCCAACUUCGACCUGAGGAAGGCACAGUCAUCAUACGACAUCUAUUCCGGAAGCAACGGCAACAGCAGCAACAGCGGAAUGCCGGGGAUGCCUGGCAUGCCGGGCAUGAUGGGAAUGCCCAGCCUGAUGGGAGGCGGCAUGAUGCCCCACGACGCCCGCCUGGCGGACGAGUUCAUGAAACUGCAGCAGGACUUCUUCAAGUGGCAGCAGCAGCUCCUGCAGAACCAGCAUGUGCUGCACAGCCGCGUCGCGCCGCUCGCCUCCAACCCGCCGCAGCUGCAGAGUGUCGGGGUGUUGCGAGACAUCAUGUCCCAGAACCCGAGCGACGGGGGGAACGGCGGCCAGGGCGUGGCGGAGGCGUACAACCCUGUGAUGGAAAGGGAGAGAAUCAUCACCAUCCGGAUGGAGGGAGCCGACGGCGAGACGGACGAGUCGAAGAUCCCGACGCAGCCGGCGCCGAGGAUGCACCAGAGCCAGGUUGUCCACAACAUCACCAAUGACAUGGGUCGUCUCAACACCUCUGCCCAGCCAAGGGUCAACACCGUGCAGUCAAGGAGAUGGGCUGAAGAACCAAACGUGAGCGUGGGGUCGUGGGUGGAGCGCCCGUCCCAGCCCGUGGGCGUUUAUCAGGACCAGGACUACGUCACAUCUGUUCCCCGGUCACAGACUUCCCAGGAUUUCCAGCCUCAGUCCCCUGAAGCACAGCAGCAGGCUUUUACACGUCCAGCUGAAACCAUGAGUCAGGAAAGGAGGCCCUACCAGUCUGCACAACCUCAGCAGCCUCAGUUUAAUCAGCCACAGCAGCUUCAUAACCUGUCCCCGCAGCAGCAACAGCAGUUUGCACAGUUUUUGCAACAGCAACAGCAGCAACAACAGGAAAAGCAGCAGCCUCAGUUUAUGCAGCAGCAGCAAAAACAGCAGCCUCAGUUCAUGCAGCCAGUGCAGAGCAAAUUAAUGCCGCAGCAGAAGCAGCCGUCCCCGACAUUCAUGCGUCCUCAGCAGCAGAAGCAGCCCUCUCCUCCUCAGAUGCAGCAGCAGAGACAGCCUUCUCCAUUCAUGCAGAACCAACAGCAGAGGCAGCCUUCCCCUCCGUUCAUGCAGCAGCAGAAACAGUCUUCCCCGCAGUACCUGCAGCAGCCAAAGCAGCCUUCCCCGCCCAAGCAGACCCAGCAGGCGGAUGUGCCACAGCCCGAGAGAGCAGCGUUCUGGCGAGAACUGGAGGCCAGGCGCCAGGACUUCGGGCUGCAGAAGGAACCCGAGAGCCCGGAGCCCACACGCCCGCCGCGCCGGAACUCCCGCCAAGACUCUCCUCCGCAGGAUAAUGUAGAGGCUUCGAAACCGCUAACCUACUUUGGACAGCAAGCCGUUGUCCAUGAGCCUCCCCAGACGUAUUACUACAACGGAGAAGGAACUCCUGCCAUGGCGAAAGGCAACAACAAUCUGGCCCAACGACCCAGGGAAGCUGAGAAUGAAUCUGGUCCGCGAUACACCUCUGUGGUGACAUUGUCUUCUGACAAAGGAGAAACGGGCAACGGAGCAGCUGCACCUAGAGACAAGGUCCGGUCAGUAGUUCAGCUGAACAACGAUCAGCGUGGCCAGCCCCGACCUGCUCCCGUCGUGCGUGGAUUCCGACAGCCCUCGCAGCCUCAGUCCCGGUCUUCUGUGUCACCUCCCACGAAUAGUUCGGUCCCGGCUCCUCUGCAGGAACCCAUCCCACAGGCCCCGACGGCUGCAAGGCUCGUGGCCGCGCUGUCACAGCCAGCACCCAAGGCCCCGUCACCCUCGCCCAUGGCAUCUGUAGGUGCCACCCGCGUGUCCCCGCCGAGAACGUCGCCCUCCCGUGUUUCUCCUCCUCGCACAUCGCCAUCCCGGGUGAGCCCCCCAUCUGGGCCUGCAUUCCAAAACGUGCAGCUUCGCCCCGUUCCGGGUAGCUCUCGUGGCUCAACUCCUCCGGAAGUAGUGCCACCACCUCCUGCCCCAAUGCCUCCCCCUCCACCACCAGCCCCGAGUAAUCAGGCAGGUGGAAUGGGCACCCACAGCUGGCGACGGAGAGAGGCGAACGGCGACUGGGAAGCGCAUCGUAGCGCCCAAGACGGCCCCGGCACUGGAUCCCCGCGAAGAACUCAUGAUGGCCAUCAGGAACCACGGCGGGUCGCGGAACCUGAGGAAAACCCACAAUAUGAUUAAUCAUUAAUAUGGAUUUAGCAAAGCUCAAGACAAUGCGGUAUGAUUAACGUGUCCUGCGUCAAUGAAUGAAUAAUUGAGGUCGCAGAGAGAGUUUUUGGAUGUUUUGUUAUUGCAUUUGUGUCUUUAUUAUAUGAACUUUGUUGUGCUAUUGUUUAUCGAUAUACAAAAUGUAUCAUUACAAAAAAGGUAUCCAGUACCUUUGUUAAAGGAAUUUUCGUUUAUUCUCCAUAUUGGACUUUUGUAUCUAUGUAUUUCUAGCUUGUGUAGUGCCUUACUCCAGUGAAGCUCAUACCUUAUGGGCUUUGUAUAGUCUUGUACAGUAUAUAUCAUCAUUAUGUAGAUAAUCUAAGCAUGUUGUAAUCUACUGUCUUAUAAAUAACAUGAUCAUAUGCAGUUCUUCAGCUCAUCUUUAUCGAUCAGGAAAUAAUAACACAUUAACAGACAGGUUGAUGCCUGCCAGUUUUAAUACUUGUAAGUAAUACUCAGCAAUAUUAUUGGUGCUACCAUCUGCAUAUUUUAUAUACUGCUAAUAUUAUACUCUCGUAUGACAUAAGUGAAAUUUAAUGUAUUUUUUCAGACUAAAAUUUAAAUUCUGUAUGAUGAAUUUCAAGCCACAGGGAAGAGGCUUCCCUUGUAUAUUAUACAGUAUUUUAGGAAGAUGUGCAGAAGCCUUUUAAAUCUGUCAUUCUGUGCUUUCUUUCCGUAGUAACGAAAUGACUAAAAGCUGUUUAUGCAUGAUUUUUCUACAUAUAUGUGUCAUAAAGACGGCCAUAACUUCUCAUACUUCAUGUUUUCUGAUUAAUAGAUCUAUUAAUGAUAAUACCUUAUGCUUGUGUAUCCUUCCUUAUUGUUAUAUAUACUUUUCUUUUGCUUUUGUAAAUAAUGUAGAAGUAUAUUUUCUCCAAUAAACGUUAAUAUUGGAAUCAA